AUGUAUUCCAAGUCAGAUUUAGAGCGCAGCGCUCCACAAGUUCUGAAUGAGGUCCUCUCUGGCCUCCUUGCAGAUCCAGAGAAACACCCGAUCUGGCCCAAAAGUGCGCCCAACUCUCAACUUCCAUUUAUCAAUGCCAAAGAGGUUACUCAGAGAGAUGGAAAGCAAUCACCCGCGAUGUAUCAAAUCCAACAGGGCAGUUCCGUCAGAUUCACGGCCUUCGAAAUACAGAGAGGUGGCUAUGUCAUUUACGAGUUGGGCGGACCUCAGGCGUCAGCAACCCGUACCCAGUUCCCAAUCACUUGA